GCCUAGUGUAGCUCAGUGGAGGAGGCAGUAGUAGUAGAUAUUGUAGAGAGUAAGUAAUAGUAGUUAUAUUAGACACCAAACAGGAGCUCUGGAUCCAGAACAUCCUCUCCAGUGUAUUGGAAGGUAAUGCGUGACUCUCCAUUAUAAAGUUUAGUAGAAAUCAAAUAUGAAAAACAUACUGUGACGUUUGGGUCUACAAAGAGACUGUCAUCAACCUUCUUCGACUUGAACUUGACCAGAACAUUCUCUCCAUGCAGGCAGCCCAUGGUGAUGGCGUCGUCCCAGAUGAGGAAGCGGGGCGGCGGCCCGGAGAAGAGGGGUGGCCCAGAGCCGGUGCCAAGAAUGCAGCCUGCCAUGAUGAUGUUCUCCAGUAAGUACUGGUCCCGGCGGGGACUCUCUCUGGACUCGGCCAUGUUCGACCAGCAUAAACAGCACCAUACCGGGGGACAGAUGGUGAGUGAAGGGCUGCAUGGAAUGAGAUCUAGUGUCCUCUGCAAUGGAUAGGUUGGUUGGUUGACUGAUUGGUUGAUUAAUUCAUUCAAACUGUCUGCGUACAUGGAUGGCUUGAAGAAUGGGUUGAUUGAUUGAUUGAUUGGUUGAGCUUUGAGGCUCUCCUGAUAACUGCAUAAACUGGAUGUUCCAUUUAGUGCACACCGUUGUAUUUCUUUCGACUGGACUGUAAAUUGCUAUGUACUUUCUUUUCUGAGUGAAGCACACUUAUUCCGUUUUCUAGGCUACCAUAUCUUAGUGUCCAUCACUCAAAACCAGGGGGAGGAAAUCCUCUUACUCAUUACAUGUUCUUAUGGCUAGCUAGCUCAUCUCUCUGGUUAUGUCAAAGAUAAAGAGGCGAAUUAGUAGAACUGAUGGUUUGAGGCAUUGGGUGAGACUAUUGAUUGAAAUACUAAGGUUAGUUUUUUUGUGGCCUACAUUUGGGAAAGAGGGAAAAUAGUUUGGUAAUCAACAUUCUUUCUUUGUGUAUCAGUCACUUAUCAGUAUCAUAUUUGUAUGUGCUGUGUUGACUCGUUUAUUGUGUAUUAAUAAUUGUGUUAACAGUUGGACAUGUGUUGGUGUAGCGGAGGUGGUUCAGUAGCUAAUGCCUAACUCAGGUUCAAACCUGAUCAGUCACAUUGGGUUACAUCUGGUAAUCUGUAUUGACAUGUCUGUGUCGCUUUCUGUUCCCCGCCCGACAGUCGCGCCGGCCCUCCUUCUGUCCGAUAGAUGAGAACCCGACCGACAAAGAGAUCAGGGAGAGCAGGGAGUCAGGGAAGACGGCUGUUGUUUUCUCUCUGAAGAACGAGGUGGGCUGCCUGGUCAAAGCCCUACGCCUUUUUCAGGUGAGUAUCUACUGUCCUGCUCCACCCCAACGGCAUUCUCUCCUCUCCUCAUUGUCUAUUCUCUGCUCUUCCAGGAGAAGCAUGUGAACCUGGCUCACAUUGAGUCGCGGAUGUCCAAGCGCAUCGCUACAGAGGUGGAGAUCUACGCUGACUGCAGCUGCAGCAAGAAGGAGUUUAACGAGCUGCUGGAGCACCUCAAAGACCACGUCAACAUCAUCUCCUUCAACACACCCCAAAACCAGUGGUCUACAGAAGCAGGUAUGGCCCAGGAGUUUUGUUGUAGGCUUUCAGUUUGAUAGUUUUUCAGGACAUAAGCCACAGCUUAUUUUGUUCUCAGUUCAACAUUCACAUAUGUAUGGGCAUAUGUGGAAUACUGAGUGACUUACAGUAAGAACAUGAAGACAUUUGGCUUUUGUUCAUGGUGAAUGUACUCAUCUUAUCCAUAUCAUCUUAUGUUCUGUUUGUUGUCUCAUCUUUAGGAGUAUAAAUGUAUCUGAAUGGACGUCUGUGAGUACUGAGUGACUUUUAACCAGACAAAAUGUGCUUUUGUUGACCAUUUUGACAUUUUUUCUUUGUAGAAUUUAGUGCUAGUGAAACUAUUUUGACAUUUUAUUGAAUAAGAGUUCAUCAAUGACUACUUGCUAUAUGUGACAUUCUCAGUGUGGGUAGUGCUUCAGUUGUGUGUUUGUAAUGCUUUAUCCUGUGUAUAUAUGAUGUGUUUGCAAUGCUUCAUCCUGUGUAUAUAUGAUGUGUUUGCAUCCUUAGAUGGGGAGGGAGUUCCUUGGUUCCCUCAGAAGAUCGCAGAGCUCGACCAGUGUUCUCACAGAGUGCUGAUGUACGGAUCAGAGCUUGAUGCAGAUCACCCAGUAAGUUAGUGUUUGCUGCUUGGCCAGGUCAUCAUCGCAAAAUGAGAAUUGUCUCUCAACUGACUGACCAAACAUAUUAAAUAAAGCUUAGAUACAUAGUGUUUGAAUAUAUACUGACUAUACAAAACAUUAAGAACACCUGCUCUUUCCAUGACGUAGACUGACCAGGCAAAUCCAGGUAAAAGCCUUGAUCCCAUAUUGAUGUUACUUGUUAAAUCCACUUCAAUCAGUGUAGUUGAAGGGGAGGAGACAGGUUAAAGAAGGAUUUUGAAGCCUUGAGAAAUCAAGACAUGGAUUGUGUGUGUGCCAUUCAGAGGGUGAAUGGGCAAGACAAAAGAUUUAAGUGCCUUUGAACGGGGUAUGAUAGUAGGUGUGUGUCAAGAACUGCAACACUGCUGAGUUUUUCACGCUCAACAGAUUCCCAUGUGUAUCAAGAAUGGUCCACCACCCAAAGGACAUCCAGCCAACUUGACACAACUGUGGGAAGCAGUGGCGUUAACAUGGGCCAAGAUCCCUGUGGAACGCUUUUGACACCUUGUAGAGUCCAUGCCCCGACAAAUUGAGGCUGUUCUGAGGGGGACGGUGCAACUCAAUAUAAGGAAGGUGUUCCUAAUGUUUGGUAUACUCAGUGUACAACUAAUGAUUAUAAUUAUAUGGUUAUAUAUAAAUAACUUUUAUAUUUGGGCUGCAAUACUCUCAAGGAAAUCCCAGGAACUACAGUAUAUCACCACUGUUGGCUGGUUGACAUGACAGAGAACUCUGUGUGAUCCUGUUCCUUAUCUAACCUCCGGUCCCCUGCUCUAACCCCAGGGCUUCAAAGAUAACGUAUACCGCCAGAGGAGGAAGUACUUCGUGGAAAUGGCCAUGAAUUACAAAUAGUAUGAGUAGUCUCUUCUCUUCCUGUUGCUUUACUGUGGUAACACUCUGGAAACCUGUUAUUUUCUUACACUAAUACUGUUAUACUGUAAUUGCAAUGUUAUUACUAUGUUAGUACACUAUUUAGUUGGUAUUACAAUGUAAAUACAGAUAAGUAACAAAUAACAGCUCAGUGUGCAUAUGAUGUAAUAAAAUAGUGUAAUAUAAGUGUGGUUAUAUCCUUAUCUGCGUCCAUCCCCAUCCCCCAGUGGCCAGCCUAUCCCCCACACUGAGUACACCCCAGAGGAGGUGAGGACCUGGGGCGUGGUGUACAGGGAGCUCACCAAGCUCUACCCCUCACACGCCUGCAGAGAGUACCUGAAGAACCUCCCCCUGCUCACGAAGCAUUGUGGGUAUCGGGAGGACAACAUCCCCCAACUCGAGGACGUGUCCCUGUUCUUGAAAGGUAUAGGCUGAUGAAUAACUGUAGCAACCCUGAUGACCGUAACAGUACAUUGUUGUCACCAUUAUCAGUGUACCAUAGAAGCAUAACACAUUCACUCAUAAGAGCAAGACUGAAUCAGCCUCAGAUAGCUUGGUAACACGUUCAUCCUCACUGACACUGUCAGUCUCACCUGUGUAACCUCAAGCUGACCCUAAAAACACAUCUGUCAUUGAAACUUCGGUCCAAAGAACUGAAAGAAGACAUUUCCUUCCUUCAAAGUUCCCUAAAGACAUUAGCCAUAAUUAUCAUAUAUUGACCCUGUUGUGUUUGUGUGACUGUUUCAGAGCGGUCUGGGUUCACAGUGAGGCCUGUGGCAGGAUACCUGUCUCCUCGGGACUUCCUGGCCGGUCUGGCUUACCGGGUGUUUAACUGCACUCAAUAUGUCCGCCACAGCACCGACCCCCUCUACACACCUGAACCGUGAGUGUAUCAUCACCAGAGCUAUAACAUGUCUAGAGUUUCACAGGACUUGGCAUCGCACUACUUGUUCAAACUGAAGUGCACAAAAACAAAGUAAAAUAAACAAUUGUGUGAUUAUUUGAGAGCGAGAGGAGACUGAGAGAGAGCGAUAGAGCGAGAAUGGAUAACGAGAGAGAUGGAUAAAGAUAACGAGAGAGAGAGAUGGAUAAAGAUAACGAGAGAGAGAGAGAAUGGAUAACGAAAAUGUUUAGUCUGUAGCAUAUCAUUUGUUUCGAUAGAUAACGUUUGCAUUUCACUAGGCCAUAUCUAAUGGUAUCAGAAUAAUAUCUGAUAUCUGGAUACAGGGACACGUGUCAUGAGCUGCUGGGUCAUGUUCCGCUCCUGGCCGACCCCAAGUUCGCCCAGUUCUCCCAGGAGAUAGGCCUGGCAUCUCUAGGGGCAUCUGACGAGGACGUACAGAAACUAGCCACAGUGAGUACAACACCCUGAUUAUGCACCUAAUGCAGGGUGAUUUAUUUUUUAAAUAUUUGUUUUAAGGUGUGAUUUUGAUAUUGUUACUGAUAUUUUUUUCAUAAAGGUUGACUGACUGUUUUGUUCUAUGCUGUUGACAGUGUUAUUUCUUCACCAUUGAGUUUGGCCUGUGCAAACAAGACGGCCAGCUGAGGGCCUAUGGUGCAGGCUUGCUGUCAUCUAUUGGAGAGCUGAAGGUAAAGCGCGCGUGCACACAUACACACACACACACACACACACACACACAGAGAGAGAGACACAGACACCUCAGUGACAGGCUGAUUAUUUCCUCGCAGCAUGCCCUGUCUGACAAAGCCUCAGUGAAGAUGUUUGACCCUGGGACCACCUGCUACCAGGAGUGCCUCAUCACAACUUUCCAGGAGGUCUACUUCGUCUCUGACAGCUUUGAAGAGGCCAAAGAGAAGAUGAGGUAACACUAAGGGCAACCCAAUGGCUUACUGGAUAACAGGGGCAGUACCACUCCUCUCAUAAUUAUUUGUUGGAAACCCAUUCUGCAGCGGUAUAUGUGUUCUGGAGGCAGCGACUUAGGCCAGACCACCCUUAGGACAUGAAGGUUGUGUGUUUGAUUCCCACAUGGGCCACAUAUGAGUAUAAGGAAUCUGGAAUAAAGUUAUUAAAAUUGCUCCUAAAAACUGCAUGCUCUGGUUUAGUAGGUUACAUGCUGCCAAGACAGGAGUCCACUGGUUUAGUAGGCUACAUGCUGCCAAGACAGGAGUCCACUGGUUUAGUAGGCUACAUGCUGCCAAGACAGGAGUCCACUGGUUUAGUAGGUUACAUGCUGCCAAGACAGGAGUCCACUGGUUUAGUAGGUUACAUGCUGCCAAGACAGGAGUCCACUGGUUUAGUAGGCUACAUGCUGCCAAGACAGGAGUCCACUGGUUUAGUAGGUUACAUGCUGACAAGACAGGAGUCAACUGGUUUAGUAGGCUGCAUGCUGACAAGACAGGAGUCCACUGGUUUAGUAGGCUACAUGCUGACAAGACAGGAGUCAACUGGUUUAGUAGGUUACAUGCUGCCAAGACAGGAGUCCACUGGAGUAACUCUUCUUUGCAGUCAGGUAUAUUCCUUCUACCAACAGGGAGUUUGCUAAGACGAUCAAGAGGCCAUUCUCAGUGUACUACAACCCCUACACCCAGAGCAUAGACCUGCUGAAGGACACAAGGAGCAUCGAGAACGUGGUGCAGGACCUUCGCAGUGACCUCACCACCGUGUGUGAUGCCCUGGGCAAGAUGAACACAUACCUGGGAAUAUAGCAGUUGCGUAUCUUGGGCAUGUACUUAUCUUGAAUAUAUAAUGUUGCUUAUCUUGUUGAAUAUAACAUCUUUGUGGAAAUGAAACAGACUUGACCUGUACAGCUCACAGAUAUCUCUUAAAAUUAAAAUAAAUAAAAUAGUAAAUGUUAUGCUUAAAACAUAAAUUAAAUGGUUGAAGUGAAAUGAAAAAGAAAUCAGAUUUAUUUUCCACUUAGAGCUUAUUGUAUAGAGCAGGGGUAUUCAACUC